CGUGGCAGGGGACUUCAAUAAUACUGCUCAUUAACUUUCACGAGCAGGCUGAACACAUUUCAAAACCAAAUACUCAUGUCUUUGUGCUUGCCAAAUGUUUCAGCACACUUCUGUUUCCCGCCUCCCCUCACGCUUUCCAAACAACACAAACGUUUGUAAGACAUCUGCAAAACAUUUGUGCUGUCCGAGAUAAGAGGUCUUCGUCCAAACGCUGCACCGCUCAGCAGUGUGGCUCUGACUUGCAUGCAAAGCUGCAGGCUGAAAUCUUUACGGUGCGUUUGAAGAGUUUCCUGAAAGAAUAUGAUGGAACGCUUGCAAGGGCUUUGCUUGGUGUUUUGCCUUCUUCUGCUGAUGCAAUGCACACACCAGCAAACAACAGAAAAGAAGAGAAGCACAAAGAAAGACGCUACCAAUGCUGCAAUUGAAGAACUAAAGAAACAAAUUGAAGACAUUGUUUACGACCUGAACUUGUUGAAAGAGCAGCAAUCUCUGCAAUCAAUGUGUCUGCGUGGAACAAAGGUCCCAGGCAAGUGUUUCCUCGCCAAUCCGGUCAAGAAGACUUUCCAUGCAGCCAGCGACGACUGCGUGGCAAAGGGAGGCAGCCUGAGCACCCCCUUGACAGGCGACGAAAACGACCAGCUGUACACCUACGUGCGUCAGAGCAUCAGCCCGGAGGAGCCCAUUUGGCUGGGCAUCAACGACAUGGUGACCGAAGGCCAGUGGUUGGACCAGUCGGGGUCCAACUUGCGCUUCAAGAACUGGGAAACCGAGAUCACCAUGCAGCCGGAUGGCGGGCGCAGCCAGAACUGCGGCAUGUUGGCCACCACGGCUAACGGGAAGUGGUUUGAUGAGAGCUGUCGAGCUGAAAAAGCUUCUGUGUGUGAGUUCAACAUUGUGUGACCAGAGGUGAAUUCCAGGUGCCAUGGAGACCAUUUGAGUACAAAGGUCAUUUUUGGAUAAUGCUUCAAAAGAAUGCACAACAUCAUUAACCACUCCCUCAUUUACAACAGUUGCCAAUAGGUCAUUUUUAUUGUCAUGUAUAGUUUUAGUUUUUUUUUGUUUUAAAACAUUUAUUGUCAAAGCAAAACAAUAAAAGCAUUACGUUGCUGGGAGAUUUCAAAGUAAACACCAAUGGAUUUCUAUCUUUAUAUUCUUAUAUCAGCUAAUAAACCAAAUACAGCUAAAAAAAAAAUUUUGCAAACGCUAUUCCGUGCCAUUUCUGUGCACCGCCUAGUCCAGAAGCUUCGGAUUAAAUUAAAUAUUUUGGUCUGCACAGCAGAA